CAAGCAUCAAGACACCUAUACCACCCUCCAGACAGAGGCCUAGCACCCGGAACACCUUUCCCCAGCCAGCCGUACAGUCGCCAUGAUUGGCUUUGACAUGUCCGACGACCUCAACCUCGCGCCAACCACAGACGCCACGCAUCAACCAACACAGGCAGCGGCAACAUACGCGAAUCUCCUUCUCUCACCGCCAGCACUCGCAUCGCAAGAGGCAACACUGCAUGCAUUGCUUGAGAGUUUCUCCAGACGGCCAGAUAUCCAAAUGCUCGACCGACUGCUCCUCAAUCUCGUGACAUUGCCUACAGGGCACUACGACAAUAUCCUACUGGCAUCGUUGGGUGAUGCAGCUCAAGACGCAGCAGAUCCACAUAUCGCUCAACUCCCAGCCCUCCUCGGACAACUCCUACAAGCACUCAAGCCAGGCAGAUCCCUGCAUAUUCCUGCAACGAUUCCACAACAAGCGCUCAAGUCUGAAGCCAUCUUGCACGGAUUUAGCGUGAAUGCUGGAACGGACGGGAUGAUUCUGACACGUCCUGAGGAAGUUCUCAAUGCAGCGGCUGUUCCGCUUCGUUUGAAGCGCAAGAAGAAUCCCUCAGAGAAAGCCGCGCGGCUGAAGCAAUUGCUUGCUCAAGGGAAUGCUUCACGCGUCGUGGAUGACGAUGCAUUGCUGCAAGCUGAAGACAGAGAGAGACCUGUCAUUGUUCAACCUUCUGAAUGUGUACCUGCCCCAGGCAAACGUCGCAAGGCCUGUAAGAAUUGUACAUGUGGUCUUGCUGAGCUAGAGCAAGCGGCAGUGGCAAAUACCAUCACCUUGCAAGAUGGAGAUCUCGCUGAAGUGGAUUUCACCAAUUCCGCACUGGCGAGUAAGAACCCUGUGAGUUCUUGCGGUAGUUGUUAUCUAGGCGAUGCGUUCCGCUGCAGUGGCUGUCCAUACCUCGGCAUGCCUGCAUUCAAGCCUGGUGAGAAGAUUCAGCUGACGCGAAACUUUGGUAAUGACUUGUAAGAGCCUGUUUUGGUUGUAUAGAUUGAGCAGCUUGUAGCUAGAGCUUUUGCCUUUGUCGCGUUGCUUGUUGACUGACGGCAGGGUCAUUGUCAUAGAUGGGGAUAUCCCCAUCAAAGUCCCAAUCACGCUCUGCGCCAUCCUCCAAGAAACUGCAAUCACCGAGCCGUUCCACCUGCCAGCCGCCAAGUCUUCCAGGUACGUAAGCUUCUUUCCGUAAAUACACAGCAACACUCGCACAGGGUGUUGGAAUUGUGCGUGUAGCAUCACCACACAGUGCUCUACCGAGUGCGAUAUUGGUUGCUGCGUGGGUACAUAGU